AUGGCCUUAUUCAAAAUAUUUAAAAGAGCCAAGAAACCAUGGGGUUAUAGCUGGAGGUCCUCAUCAUCUUUCACGGUAGUAUGUGUCGUCAUAACACUGUUUGCAGAAACAUUUACCCACGGUUUCGUGAUCCCUAUUCUCCCGUAUAUCCUGGAGAAGCGUAACAAUGUCGACCCCAAGGAUACGCAGCAGUUGACGUACUUGAUACUCACAGCAUAUGGCGCCACAGCAGUGGUAUCUGGACCUGUAAUCGGGCAGUUGACGGAUAGAUUUAAGUACCCCAAACUUAUCCUAGCAACCGGGUUAGGAAUUGCAUUCCUCGGGACAUCCAUUCUUGCAACGUCCACAAAUCUCAUAAAUGUCUUCAUUGGGCGUAUAGUACAGGCCGUGGGCAGUACCGUGUCCCAGGUUGUGGGGCAUGCUACACUCAAUGACGUCGUUAAACCACAAAACAUGGGUAUGAUAUUAGGCCUGGUAAACGUCUUUAUCAGUGCCGGUGCGUUUUCUGGUCCAGCGGUAUCAGGGUUUAUGCUCGAAUACUUUGGAUAUUGGAAGACCUGGAGGAUAGUAUUUGGGAUCCUUUCCCUAGAUAUUGUGUUGAGGCUUUUGAUGAUCGAACAUCCAAAGAUCAAAGAUAAGCGAAAACGCGCCAAAGCAAAGGACGACGAAAGCAGGAACGCUGAUUCGCUGACGGAGGGAGUAAAUGAGUACACUUCCCUUAUUGCCAAUGCUUCAAAAACGCCCUACAGCCUCGCAAAGGCAAUACGUGAUAUGAAGGAAGGUUGUACAUCCAUGUUCUCCUUCUACUGGAUACUGCUCAGUCAGCCUAUGAUUCUUAUUGGACUUGUGUCCUAUAUGACCCGCUCCUCUCUGAUGGCUAGUUUCAACACUACACUCCCCACACAUGUGCGAGAUAUGUUUGGGUGGGGUAGUUUUCCCGCCGGUAUGAUGUUUGUAGCACUCCAGGCGCCAGGAAUGGUCCUUGACCCUCUAUUCGGAUGGAUCCGAAGGAGAGGAGGGAAUAAAGUGCUCACAGGCCUGGGUUUUAUUCUGUUGGCUCCACUGCUCUGGCUUCUCGGAGCAGUGAAUCAAAAAUGGCUCCCAUGGUCCGGUUCCGAGGAUACGGUUAAGCUGGUAUAUGUCAUUGUUAUCAUCUGUAUAGGAUGUAUCCAGAACCUCCCAGCAAGUGUCGGGGCAGCGGAGAUAACUGCCGUAAUGGAGCACCUUGAAUCAGAGACUCCGGGAAUAUUCGGCCCCAAGGGCGGAAAUUCGCGAGGCCACUCCCUUUCUAAUGGGAGUUUUAAUCUAGGCCAGUUCAUAGGACCCCUCUUAUCUGGGUCUUUAGCAGACAAUCUAGGAUAUGGUCGUAUGACUUCAACUCUGUGUGGUAUCUGCUUCGUUACAUCGAUCUUGUCGAUUGCUUUCAUGAAAGAUAAGUCACCAAAGAAGAGGAACUGGUGGGUGUGA